UUUCAGAGUGACACCAGGCGAAUGUCAGCAAGGAUGGUUCUGUGUGCUGUGAGGCAGCAUCUCCUGGGGGGCAGCCGUGGAGCCUGGGCCAGGUUCCUGCAGAGACAGAGCAGGGGCUGUGUGUACUCCAGCGUCCAUGGCUUCCAGCAGGAGGAGAUCAGAGAGAAGCUGCAGGCCUUUCCUGGAGGCUCCAUUGAGCUGCUCACACAGGAGUCUGGCCUCGCUGUGCUAACCAUCAACUACCCCUCCCGCAUGAACGCCUUCUCCGGCAGUAUGAUGGUGGAUCUGGAGGAGAGGGUGAGCCAGCUGGAGGGCUGGACAGACGGUAAAGGCCUCAUAGUUCAGGGUGCCUCAGGAACCUUCUGCUCUGGAUCAGACCUCAACGCUGUCAGGGCCUUAACCAACCCACAGGAUGGGAUGAAGAUGUGUAUGUUUAUGCAGAAUACUCUUACAAGACUACUCAGUACAUUUACAGAAGAAUGUCCUCAGUGCAGGCUGCCUAUGAUCUCUGUUGCUCUGGUGGAGGGGAGAGCUCUGGGAGGGGGUGCAGAACUCACCACUGCCUGCGAUUUCAGGUUAAUGGCACCUGGCAGUGUGAUCCAGUUUGUACAUAAACACAUGGGCUUGGUCCCCGGCUGGGGCGGUGCCGCUCGACUUGUCCGCAUUGUGGGAAGCCAGAAUGCACUGAAGCUGCUGGGAGGUGCUGUCAAAGUGGAUCCAGAACUGGCCUUGCAGAUUGGACUGGCAGAGGAAGUCCUGCAGGGGGAGGGGACGGGCACCCCCCUGCAGCGGGCUGAGAACUGGCUCAGUGUCUACACAAAGGGUCCUGCCCCAGUGAUCCAGGCUGUGAAGAAGGUGGUGCUGUCAGGGAGAGAGCUCCCCCUGUCUGAGGCUCUGAGGACAGAGAAGGACGUAUUUGGGAUGGUGUGGGGGGGCCCAGCUAACAUGCAGGCUCUGGCCAGUAAGUCCAAACACAGAUGAGAGACCGUCAGCUGCUCAGAUCAGCCAAGAUCUUCAACUGAGACAUUUGUAGAAAGCUCUUUACACAUCUGAAUUGUGUGGAAGAGAACUGUAACAGACUGACCUCAAUAAACGAUUUAGUUAUAAAAUGUAGACUCUGGAAAUGUAGAGGCACAGAAUAAAGGGUGAAACUUCAUCAUUUCAAUAAAUCAGAUCACGGCAUCAUACUCUUAUAAUUAGAGAUCCGUCAUUAUCACAUACUUUAAUGGUUGUGAUGUAUUUGAUUUGUUUCUCUUAAUGUGACAUUGUAACAACUCUUUGGUACUGGUACUUGUGGGGGAAACUUCUGAAGCAAUUGGAGUCAGAACUCAGAGAGACACGAGGAGAGCUGGAGCUUUGAUGGCAAACACUGACGGGUUAUUUGGAGCUUCGGCCGGAGAAUUCACGAGACAUGUCACGGGCCACGAUCCGACCACACGGUUGAGAUGCCUCAAUCAAUUCUGAAGCACCCUCCUGUAGUUCCAGGUUUUAACUAGUUCAGAGUGUAAUAAUCAACAUUCUUCAAUAGAUAGACUAAACAGCUGCGGACACUGAAUCACAUUUGUUGUCGCUUAUGGCUCGAGGUCAUCUCCACCCUGAGAAGGAUGUGUUCCAGGUGUCCCACAACAAUAACUAUCUCUGACGGAGAGUUGCCCGGUCAUAAAUGGGUAACAACAACAAAAUGCAAAGAUAACGGCUGCUCAAGGCUGGGCAUCUGCGUCAGAGGGCGAAGGAAGACAUGCAGGGCAUAUCAUUCCCUGACAGUACUGAUAUUUGUUGGUAAUAUUGCAAACAUCGUAGUAUUUCCAGGUGUAAAAACUGAAUUAACAGCAUAAACAAAAACUCCAUUGUUGUUGCGUAGGGGUUAUAUUUUCUCUUUACAAUGAAAUAUUUGGCAAAUCUAGUGUCAGGUGACCUUAUAAUGUUUUGGUUUCAGUAAUACUCUUUAUAAUGAUGCUGUAUAGAUGUAUUAACCCUC